UCGGUAUCGUAACCAUUUUACUUGGAUGAUUGAAAAUCAUGGAACCUUUGUUUUGUUUUUGUCAAUCAGUCAUAUGGUUUGCAUUCAAAUCAUAUUCAAAAAUGAUUUUUCAUUCUGAAUUUAUGAUCACCAUAUUAAUAUCGUUAUUUUUGUUUUAUGAUUCUUCCAACAAUGUACAAUAUCCAUCUCAAAGAUUCAAUAUUCAUAACAACAACAACAAUAAUGUAAAGAAUCAUAUGGAACAACAAUCAACAUUGAAUAUUAAUGAACAUGAAAGAAUCGAUUCGAACCCAGAAUCAUCUUAUCAAAUGCAUAAUGUAACCGUUUUAAUGUUAAUUUCUAAUCAAAAAGAAUUACCCGUUCAUUAUGAAACAUUAAAGCCAACAAUGGAAUUGGCUUUGGAUGAAAUUCGUACAAAAUAUUCGCAUAUAAAUUUUAAUCUAAUCACCCGGCGUGAUCAUCAUGAUUGUGAAUCAAAUUUAAUGGGCGCAAUUGUGGCUGAACAUUAUUUCAAUGACCGAAUAGAUGCAUUAAUCGGGCCAAUAUGUACGAAAGGUCUUGAACAGGUAGCACGUUUAGCAUCAUAUUGGAAUCUACCAUUGAUGACAGCCGGUGGUGUUGGUGUACAAUUUUCCGAUAAAACCAUCUAUAAAACAUUGACAAGAGUAUCAUUUGCAUUGGAUCGAGUUGCAUUAUUUUUCAUCAAAAUACUACAGGAUCAUGAUUGGCAUCACAUUUCAAUGAUUGUAGAUGAAAGCGAUUCACAAAGUUUGUUGAUCAAGACGAGUAUUGAAAAAAAAUUUAAUGAUAUUACAGAUUAUGAAAUCUUUUUGGAUAAACAAAUCCUAUCUGAUAAAAUUCAUCAUGAUGAAACAUUAUAUGAUAGGUAUUUGUUACAGGCCAAAAAAUCGGCUAGAGUUUUCUUUUUGACCACAAACACAGAAAUGACCCGUAAUUUAUUGAUCCAUGCAUAUGAUUUGGAUAUGACAAAUGAUUAUGUUUUUGGUCUUCAAUUACUGAACGAUGGUGAUGAAAAUUUCGGAUGGUAUAAACAAGGAGAUAAAAAUAAUCGUAAAGCAAAAAUCAUGUGGGAUUCAUACAUGACGAUCAGUGUUCAUGUUCCAACAUCACCGGAAUAUAAUCUAUUUGUGAGCAAAGCAUUUCGUAAAGCUUCCAAUGAAUUUGACGGCAUUUCGGAUAAAAACAUAAAUCCACUUCUUGCAGCUUUAUAUGAUUCUUUAUGUUUUAUGCUCUCAUAUAAUAAAUCCAUUUCAUCAAAUAGUAAUGCCACUGACAAUAACAAUAGAAUUAAUCGUUAUCUUUGGAAUAAUGUUUUUCAAAAUGGUUUAACCGGAGAAAUGUAUCUGAAUGAAAAUGGUGAUCGUGAACUUGAUUAUACAUUGAAUGAUUUUGAUGCUGAAAUGGGCAUGAUGCGACCAGUAAUGACAUUUUAUGGACGUAAACGAUUAAUCAAAAGAGUCGAUGGUAUUCGUAUUCGUUGGCCAAAUGAUUCGAUAGCACCACCAGAUUUUCCAUUCUGCGGCUUUGAUGGUAAUGCUGAACAUUGUCAGCAUAAAGGACCAUUGGCCAUCAUAUUGACAUUGUGUACCGUAUUGGCAAGUUUUACAUUCAUAUCCUCAGCAGCUGCUUACUUUAUAAUCAGAAAAAUUAAAUCCGAAAAUGAUUUGCAUAGUAAUUGGUGGCAAGUACAUUACGAAGAGAUUAAAUUUCCCAAUGAACAAGCGGGUAAAAAAUCAUCAUUAUCAACUGGAACAUUCGAAGGUGAUGGUACUACAAAAUCAGAUAAAACAUCUGUAAUGACAAGAUCGGUCACACAAGUAUCAGCAACGCAUUCAUUGAAUAGUGCUUAUGGACGAUCAGGGCCAGUAUUAGUUGGCCAUUUUAGAGGCAUACGAAUUGCGUUUAAAUCGUUGAAUAUUAAAAAACUUUCAAUCGGUCGUAAGUUGCUCAUCGAAUUGACUAAUAUGCGUGAUUUAUUACAUGAAAAUUUAGUCAAAUUUGUUGGCCUAUGUAUCGAUGAGAAUAAUACCGGUGUGGUCACUGAAUUAAUGAUGAAAGGAAGUUUACGAGAUAUUCUCGAAACGGAAAAAAUACAGAUCGAUUGGGCAUUUCGUUAUUCAAUCAUAAGCGACAUAAUUGAAGGUAUGAUCUAUCUGCACAACUGUGCAUUUGAAUACCAUGGCCGUUUAAAAUCGACCAAUUGUUUAAUCGAUGGAAGAUUUAUGGUCAAAAUCGGUGAUUAUGGUCUACGAAAUUUAUUUAAACAAAUUGGAAAAGAACAAGAAGUCAAUCCUCGGUCAUUGUUUUGGACAGCGCCUGAACAUUUGCGUUCAACUGAACCCUACAAGUGUGGUUCAAAAAAAGGCGAUGUUUAUUCAUUUGGCAUCAUUCUUCAGGAAGUGAUUACUCGAUGUGAACCAUUUGAAUCAUCUACGGAAGAUAAAUCUUGCCUGGAACCAACGGAAAUUUUGGAUCGUGUCAAAAUGGGUGGAGAAGUACCGUUUCGACCGGUUGUAAAUUGCGAAGAUUGUCCACGUAAUCUAAUUAAACUAAUGGAAACAUGUUGGAGUGAAAAUCCUGACAUUCGACCAGAUUUCGUUAAAAUUAAACCAUAUUUUAAGAAAAUUUCAAAAGGUCUUACUAGUACAAAUUUUUUGGACAAUCUCCUGAAUCGAAUGGAACAAUAUGCAGAAAAUCUAGAAAAAAUUGUCGAGGAAAAAGCGGCCAUCGUUAUUGAGGAAAAAAAUCGUGCCGAAGAAUUAUUGUAUCAGAUACUACCACAAUUUGUUGCUAAUGAACUAAAAGCAGGAAGACACUGUGUACCAGAAUCAUUUGAAUCCGUGACCAUAUUUCAUUCGGAUAUUGUUGGUUUUACAACAAUUUCAUCACAAUCGAAUGCAAUGCAAGUUGUUAAUCUAUUGAAUGAUUUAUACACAUGUUUUGAUGCUACUAUUGGCUAUUUUGAUGCAUUCAAAUUUGAAACAAUUGGAGAUGCUUAUAUGGUUGCAUCUGGGCUACCUAUUCGUAAUGGCGAUAGUCAUGCCAAAGAAAUUGCAAUGAUGGCAUUGAAAUUAUGUAAAGCGGUAGACAAAUUUCGUAUACCACAUCUGCCGAAAACAAAAUUAAAACUUCGCAUCGGUAUCAAUAGUGGACCAUGUGAUGCCGGUGUUGUAGGAUCGAAAAUGCCUAAAUACAUUGUAUUCGGUGAAACGGUUAUCAUUGCCACAAAAAUGGAAAGUCAUGGCGAACCGAUGAAAAUACACAUAUCGGAAUCGACAAAAAAACUAUUGGACAUAUUCAAAUGUUUCAAUAUUAGUGAACGAGGAAAAAUUAAUAUCAAGGAUAAAGGUGAAUUUUUUACCUAUUGGCUUGAUUCAACAAUUGAACCAUUAUAAUCAUGCUGAAUUGGUUUUGGAAUUCUCAUUCAAAAAAAAACCUAUUGUGGUCGAUUAAAGAUGAAUUUUAUUUUAAUAGAUCAUCGUUAUGUAAACUUAGAAUAUACAUGUAGCUAAACAUUGUUGGAUUAAUAAAAAGAAUUAUUAAUUA